GAAAUCAAAUCGUGUUUGUCUGUUUGUUGGAAAUAUCAUUUAAUUGGCAGAUUGAUCCUGUUGAAAUGAUAAUCAAUUCUCGUGAAUUCAACAGAUCUAUUCUUCUCUUUAUCAUAAUCAUUUAUGUUAAUUAUGCUAUACAUAAAGUAACUGCUGAAAGUAUUCAACAAUCAUCAUUAACCUCAUUACAAAACUCUAAAUUCAAGUAUUAUUCAAGUAAUACUAUUGAUCAUGAUAAUGUUGACUUGAUAAAUGAAAAAGUCAAUGCACCUCCAUUCCUGCCGAAUACGGAUAGUUUAAAAUCAUGUGAAUGUUGGAAAUGGCCAAGUUGUGUUACUAAUUGUACCUCCGAUCCAUUGUUGAAAUCAGCUAUACAAACAGAUUAUGGUUAUCUAUCCAGGGUGUCAUUACCAUUCACUAUAUUAUUUCCAUAUCAAGCAAGAAAAUCACGUAAUAAUUAUGAUACAUCUACAUUAGGGAAACAAGGUGGUUAUUUUCAAAAUACACGAUUUUGGCUUCCUACUCAUAAUGGACAAUAUAUACUACUGAAAUUACAAAGAUCUCGAAUAUUCAGUCAUCCCGGUAAUUAUUCAACUCUAUAUUAUCAAAAGAAAAAUGAUGGACAAAUGUAUGAAUUCGAAUCCGAUAAAUUGAAGAAUUGUUUUUAUACUGGAACAGUGAAUCAAACAGAUGAGCGAUUCAUCUCAAAUACUCCAUCUUCAACAUCGUCAUCGUCGUCAUAUGUUGCAGUAGAUACGUGCUUUGGUUUACAUGGUAUUAUUCAUUAUGCGAAUCAAACCUAUGGUAUACGACCAUUACAUUGUUCUCAGUGUGAUCCUGGUACAAUGCCUCAUAUACUUUUUCCACAUCGAUCAAGUUUAAUUAACCGAGAUGUUCAAUUACCCGUGUUUUGGAGGCCUACCGAUGUUUUCAGUAUCAUGAGUAGAAAACCUAAAAUGAAGGUAGUAGGCGAUGGUCCUCGAGUGUAUACAAUAAAUCUUGCCUUAAUUCUGGAUCAUCAUUUGUUUACCACUUUUGGACAUAAUCUUGAACGUGGAAUUCACUACCUGAGCAGUGUAUUUAAUCAAGUCACCAAGUCAUUUCAAAGUGUUCCAAUUGAACUGAAUUUAAUUCAAUCCGAGAUAUGGUCAAUAAAAGAUUUAAUUCCUAUGGAUCAGAGUAUUAAAACUGUGCUGAAUAAUUUCGCCCAUUUAAUAUAUCAUCGUAGAAAACAAGCGAAUUCUUCAGUGAGUGUAAAACAUCCGUCUAAACCUCUACUGCCUACAUCAAUACGGAAUAAUACAUUCGGGCGUCAUCGUAUUCAUCGAAGAUCAGUCGAUGCUAAUCAUUUCAUUCGAACACCAGUAUCAUCAUCAUCAUUGUCGUCAUCCGCGACAGCUACACCAACAACCUCUUCAUCAUCAUCGACAAAUAAUCCAACAUUAUCUACAAAACAUUUUGAUAUUCAAUUAUUACUAACUGGCCGGCAAUUCAAUGAUCCUGUUGAAUAUAUAGCUAUUCCAGAUGCUAUCUGUACCCCCAGAGCUUUAGGUGUUAUACAAGUGAACAGUACAGUAGAUAUGGAUUAUCAUAUAUCCCGGUUGAUAUCGUUAGCUAUUGCAGAAAUACUUGGCGUCAAAUCAUUUCCAUGUCCUCCUUUAUACAGUUGUAAUUCAUCUGAACUUUUUUCUGAUGGAGACAAUUCCCGGCUUCAAUUGGCUCUGUCCUCUGGUAUGGCUGAUUGUUUACUCGAAAAUGUUGUAUCAAAGGAUUCUAAAUCUUUUACUGAUACCUGUGGUAAUGGUCAUAUUGAUCGUGGUGAAGAAUGUGAUCCUGGUGUUGUUCGUCCAGUGUCUACAACAUCAUCAUCAUUGUCGUCGACAACAAACUAUACUAAUAAUCCAAUGUCAUGUUGUAAUCUUGAUACAUGCCUAGCUGCUGUAUGGGCUGUUUGUACACAUGGCCCGUGUUGUCAUCAAUGUCGACUGAAGCCAAAAGGUAGUGUAUGUCGUCCAGCCUUUGAUCAAUGCGAUCUACCAGAAUUCUGUACCGGUACACAACCAUCAUGUCCAUUAGAUUUAUACUUGGAAAAUGGUUCUCCGUGUUUAACACGUUCAGUACAAUCCCUGCUGGGGGGUGUUGCUCCGGUUUCGUCUUCCUCGACGCCAUCUUCAUCAUCACCGCCAUCGCCAUCAUCAUCUGCAGAUGCGGCUAAUCCACAGAAUUCAUCGUCAGUAGUAAAUCAACAUAUCAUUGAAAAUCAUAAAUCAUUAUGCUAUCAAGGUAGAUGUCCAACACGGCAUAGCCAGUGUCAAAUGAUCUGGGGACAGACAGCCACUGAGGCAGCUGAUUAUUGUUUCCAUUUGCAUAAUACUAAAACAGAUGGAGCUUGUGGUGUACGAGGGAAGCAUUGUGCUCCAGAACAUGCAAAAUGUGGACUUUUACAAUGUCAAGGUGGGAAACCAAGACCAACUUCCUUAGAAGCACAAUCUGGUCAACCAUUUGUCACAUAUACAGAGCAUAAUGGACGUCAAUUUGAAUGCAAAUAUCUGGCACAUUCAUCUAAAGUUCGAUUUGUUCCCGAAGGUGCUGCAUGUGCUCCUGAUAGGUAUUGUUUUCAUCAAGAAUGUGUACUACCACAUGUGGCUUUUCGAUCAAAUUGUCCAGCUGGGCCAAUUAAUCAACAAUUAAAUGAUGGACGUAUUAUCUAUCAGAAUGUAACAUGUUCUAAUCAUGGAUUGUGUACAAGCGCUGGUUUCUGUCUGUGUCAUCCUCAAUGGACUGGUAAUGCUUGUGAAAUAGAAGUUGUCAAUGCUAAUCAGUCGACGCCUAUUCACACAAAUAAUGAUAAUAAUAAUGAAAAGUUGAAUACCACAUCUUCCAGUAUCCAAUCAUCAUCAAUCCCUUCUAUGAUGACAAGGAAUAAUCCGCUGAGUCCAGAAGUUAUUCAAUGGAUAUGGAAUUAUUUAGAACAAAUGCAACAACCGUAUACAAAUCCUCGAGAUUAUCAAAUGAAAAGACAAAAUGUUGACAAUGGAAAUCAUAAAACACCGUUGAACACAUUGUAUUUAGUUUGUAUCCUUGGUGUUGUUGUCGGCGGGAUAUUUUUAUUUCUAGCCAUAUUCAUGUUUAUUUACAGGCGUCGUGGACGUUCAAGCAUAUUUGGCAAAUCUUAUUAUCAUAAUAGUAAUAAUAAUGCUACACAUAAAAAUUUCUGUACAUUUCAUCGUGGUAAACGAAGAAGCAGCGGCGGCCUAUUAUCACCAAGAAUUGUUAAACACAAUGGAUCAAUCCGUCUAUUCAACAGUAGUAAUAGUAAUAAUUCUACAGAAUGUCAAGAAUUAAAUAAUUCAUUAUAUGAUAAAUCUACUGGUGGUGGAGGAGGUGCAGGCAGUUGUAGCAGUCGUGAUAAAGGCUAUGAACACCAGCAGCAACAUCGUCAGCAUGGACGUCGUCGUCCCCAUCUACAUCAUCAUCAAGAUCGUCAUCAUCCAGACGAGUGUUCACGCAGACGUCGAGGUCGUGGUGGUCGUGGUAGCCGAGAGGAUGACUGUCAUCACUUCUCAGAUUAUUCGAAUACAGAUGGAGGUGUUGCCGGGGAUAUUGGAAAACAUCGACGCAGUAGCAGUAGUGGUGGAGGCGGGGCGAAAUCAGAAAUAUCCUCUGGUAAAAAGAAAAUCAAUCGUAAGCAUAAUAAAUCAUCAAGUCGAAGUAGUGCACCAGGAAGUGAUACACGACUGUUGGAACAGUCUAUGGAAGAUCAUCAAUAUGGAGUGAAUUUCUCUGAUACUGAAUUAACAUGCAAUAAUGGUACUGCUACUACUAAUCAUAAUAAUACUGAUGAAUUAAAUAACAGUAUGGAUAGAAUUAUUAAAUUCGGUAGUAUGCCUUCGUAUAAGGAGGAUAAAAUAAAGCAGAUGAAACGAUCAGCUGAAACACCUCCUCAGACAAUAGACUAUCGAUCUACUCCUGUGAAUACUACUAGUGAAAAGACUUCCUAUCCAUCAGAUUCUACUGCACUGAUUGUUACUCUACCGUUAGAAUCAAAUUUCAUCAAUACAACUAACAGUACUCUAUCCAAGUUGGAUAUGCCAAUCGAUGCGAAUCCAGCACUGAUGUCACCCAACAUCGAUCCAACUAAACGUUCUGCUCAUCAUCAAAAAUCUUCAUUAUUAUUAUAUGAACCAGUCAAUACUUCUAUUGUGCCAUCAGUACCAUCAAUUGUACCGCCUCUGUUUCCAUUCUCACCGACAAAUUACUCCGAUCCACUACCGUUAUUGUCAUCACCUAUAGGAUUUAAACCAGAUGAACUAUCAUCGUCCAUACAACAACAGACUCCAUCGAGUCCAAAACAAACCUCAUUAUUGUGUAGUGUUACUACAGCUGCAUUGGUUGGUGCAGGAAGAGCUGGAGCAAAUGCUGCUGCUGCUCUAGCCGCCGCUUCUGAAGGUGUUGACACAUUAAAGAAGGAGAUGUCAACUGCCGGUAGUAGUGGUCAAGUGACUAAUUCAACGGAUACUUCUAAGGAGGUGAUGAAUGAUACACAAUUUAGUAUCAUUAUGGAGAAUUCAUGGCGUCAACCAGAAAAAGGCAUACUGAAGAAUAAAAAUGAAGGUGGAGGUUUAAUGGCGCCUAAUUCAACUGCCGCUGCUGCUACUUCUACCGCUACGACUACUUCUUCUUCUAGAAGUCGAUCAACUGGAAGACAUCAUACAAGAAGAAAAGGAGGAAAGACAUCGUCAUCGAAUCAUAAUAAAAAGAAUCAUAGCCGCCAUCGUCAUCCUCAUGAGGAUAGAUCUACUAGUCAGCAUAGAUCAAAACAUCAUAAACAACUGCCACAUGAUGACGAGGAUAAUUUGAAAGGGAGUGAAUCCUUCUCUGAUUGUUCAUGUUAUCUAUACAAUGAUGACAAUGAAGAUAAGGGAAGAAAGAGUAGAAAUAUUUCUUCACAUAAUCGACGACUCUCCCGACAAAAUAAUAAUAACAGUGAUGUUAACAAUCGUUCAACUAGUAUGAAUGAUACAGAAGCAGGGGAUAGUAGAAGUCCAAGUGAUGGAAGUUCAUCGAUUUCAAGUCAUGGUUGUUUAGAUUUCUUGACAACAUCAUCCUCAUCAUCGUCGUCGAACACAUCUGACUCCUCCUCGUCAUCAUUCACAGAUUUAAAUGAUAUCGAUCACAGGGAUUAUGAUAAUCACAGUUUCAGUUCCUCAUCGACUUCAUCAACUACAAGUACUUGUUCCACUGCACUGGAAGUCAAUGUCAAAGGUACUACUCUGAAAGAGGUGAAUUAUUCAGAUCGUGAUCGUGAUCGUUGUUCAAGACGAUUGUUAUUAUUAGAUAAUGAUAGUGAAAUAACUGACAAGACCACUACUACUACGACUGGUGGUGGUGGUGGUGGUGGUCGAUCUAUUCGACGAAUGAAUAGUGCAGAUACAGCUGCAGAGGCGACUAAUGUUGAACGAGAGCAUCAACGGGGAUGUUCUCGUCGACACAGUCGUAAACAUCAUCGCCGACAUUGUCGAUAUCGUAAACAUCAUCAUUCGCAUAGACGACAUGGUGAAUCUGAUCAAGAAACACAUGGAACAGUUAUUCGUCAUCCCGGUGAAUCAUCUAAUGCAAACAACAAUAAUACUACGAAUAACAGUAGUAGUAAUAACUGUAGUUCUGCUGUUUCCGAAGCUUCUUCUUCAUCAUCCUCUGGACUGACAGUCUCACAUCAUCGUCGACGUUCAAGAACACGUAGUGUGACAGAUGAAGAUGAUUAUACAACAUCUGGUUCACGUAGAAGUAGCAGCAGUCCACUCCCACCAGCGCCAACAAUUCUGUGUAAUGUUGGCCAACAAACUGAUGAGUUUAGUCUGUUGAAAGCAACUGGUCUGACUAUCUCGUCUAAGACAAAUAUCAAUUCUGAAUCAGCAACUGGUGAUACUACUCAUAAUAAUAAUAAUACUACUGAUAAUGGUCAUCGUAAAUCCUAUUUAGAUUCUGAAGGUGAAUGGGAAGAAAUUGAAUGCAAUGAAUCAGGUUGUGAAGAAUGUCAAAAAACUAACUCCAGCCAUCAUCAUAAUAAGGAUAAUGACGACUUGAAAUCAACCUGUUAUUUCACAAAUCCACAAAAUAAUAUACCACAUCAACAACAAUCGAAUUCAACCAAUUCAUCGUUAAGUUCAUCGAAAACAUCCCGGUCUGGCGGUGGUGCCGGCGGUGGCGGAGGGGGCAGUUGUGGAUCAACGCUAACUACUGGUGCUCCUCCUGUUGCCAUUGGUACUCCUGUCAAUUCACUAAAUAAUCCAGCCAAUCUUAUAGCUAUGCAUAAUAGUAAUAAUAAUAAUAGUAAUAAUCGGACAACAUCGUCUUCAUCGUGUUCCUCCUCACUCAAUAAUAAUCUGAAUAUUAUUCAACCACAAUCUUUAUCUAUGAGACAGCAACAGCAACAACAGCGUUAUGGUGCGGUAAACAAUUCAUCGAAAUUUAGCUCAGAAGAAUUUACUGGUCAACACAGUGAACCUGAAGCUGAUGCCCAUCUGCUGCAUAUCUCCUCCGGCUUGAAUACAAAUGAACAACAAAGUUUGGUCAAUAAUAAAUUACUACAAACGUAUCCUACUACUAACAACAAUAACAGUAGUAAUAAUGGUAAUACUAAAUUUUCAUCCAAUGUUGUACAACAUGCAUAUUGUCAAUCAUUAGAUUCACAUCAACAACCACAACAACAACAAAACCCGCCGAUUCACAAUGAUAAACAACCCAACUCUCUUCAGCUGUUCACUUCACCACAAAUUUUGAAUCGUAAUAUCAAUAUGCCCAAUUAUAGACCUGUAUAUGAGUCAAAUCAUCCAAUAGAAUAUAACAUGAUGACGAAUAACACUCAAAAUCAUAAUCAUAAUAUACAAGAUAACUUUGAAUCAUAUUAUCAACAUCCUUAUGAAGAGGUGGCCACGGAUGAUUACUCAGAGAUGAAUAGUCAGAUGAAUCCUCUACAUCACCACCAACAACAACAGCAGGUGUUACUUCAACACCAUCAACAAUAUCCAUCGCAUUUAUCUCCAUCAACAGAGUCAACAAUGAUACCAACACAACAGCAUAUUUAUCAUCAACACGGUACCCUGCUGGUGCCUACAUCAACGGAUUCUUUAGGCGGUAAUGAUGGUAUAAAUGGUUGUUUUACUGGUGGAUAUAUUCCACAAAGAGGAAGAAACGACAACACAGGCGGCUGUGGCGCUGGUGAUGAUGAAGAAAAGUUGAGUUUAGAUGAAGGCAAUGGAAUAAUGAGUUUUACUCAUCCACCACAUACUACUAACAACAAUAACAAUAUCAGUAGUAUAGGUAAUAAUAAUCCUGGAAAUCUAUUCAAUCCAUAUACAAUGACUUUUAUGCCUAAUCCAUCAUCAUCAUCAUCAACUUAUAUACAAUCGAAGGCAGGCAGUGCAGCGGGUCAUCAUCAAUCACAGUUUAAUCCAACUUAUCCAAUAUGGAGUGGAAAUGCUACUGCUGCUGCUGGUGCUGCUGCCAGUAAUAAUCAAGAGAAUUCUACAUCGUCAUUAUCAUCGUCAAUGCUUUAUCCGCCACCUGCUCCUCCUCUUUCAAGUGGACAUAUGGUUGGCGCCGGCGGCGGUUCCGGUGGAAGUACCCAUCCAUUAUUAGGUGAUCUAGAUGAUGUUGGAAGUGAUUUCAGUUUAUCGGCAUUUCGACGAGAUGAUAUUUGUCAUCCAUCAUCUUUGGCUAAUCGAACAAUCAAUAACACUAAUAAGAAUCAAUACUUAUCACCAGAAUCACAACAAAUGAAUACUCAUCAGCUGCUAGGAUUGUCAUCAUCAAAGACAUUAGAUCAACAUCAUCAUCAUCAUAAUUCAAGUGAUAUUGGUAUCGAUGUACGUAGUAAUGAUGGGACAUGUGAUGAAUCAGAUGCGAGUUCAUUACCUGAACAAGGCUGUGAUUUAAUUCAUUUAGCCCAAUUGGGUAUCUCAGGUAGACCAAAUCCAUUAUUGAAUGAUUUAGCUAGACAACAGGCAGGUCAAAAGAAACUAACCAGUGAACCUACAAUUCAGUCACCUUUAUUGAUUAACAAUAAUAGUAAUAAUAAUACUGCCAAUCCUAGUAAACCGUGA